CACACCACUAAUUUAGUCACUCGACUCGCUCUCACUUCACCGGGUUAACCCAUAUCACAAUGCCUGCACCCACAGCUAUAAGGCAAACUGCCGCUGCCUCAGCGGCACCAGUCGCACCUGCGGCAGACCAAGAUGAGGAAAUCUUGAUCGAUGCCCAGCCUUCAACUGAUGGGGCUGCACCGGCGUUUAACUUUGCAUCCGAUCCAGCCCACGAUGCUGAUGUACAUAUCGAUGAAGAGGGACGGCCUGUUUUUACGCCGGCGAAAGAUGUCCACCGCGUACACCGAGUCGAAGCCCGAAAAGUCCCCGUUCCGCCGCAUAGAAUGACUCCAUUGAAAGCUAGCUGGUCACGAGUGUACCCUCCGCUUGUUGAACACCUCAAAUUACAAGUGAGGAUGAACAUUAAGAAUCGAGCAGUCGAACUCCGUACAUCUCGAUUUACAACCGAUACAGAGGCCCUGCAAAAAGGCGAAGACUUUGUCAAAGCCUUCACGCUAGGGUUUGAUGUCGAUGAUGCUAUUGCACUGUUGAGAUUAGACGAUCUAUACAUCCGCUCUUUUGAGAUCCGCGACAUCAAAACACUCAAUGGAGAGCACCUCAGCCGUGCAAUUGGACGCUGCGCUGGCAAAGAUGGGCGAACCAAAUUUGCAAUAGAGAAUGCCACCCGCACAAGGAUCGUCAUUGCAGACCAAAAAAUUCACUUGCUAGGCGGCAUCAAGAACGUCGAAGCUGCUCAGCAGGCCAUUGUCAACCUGAUCAUGGGUAGCCCACCAGGAAAAGUGUAUGGCAAUCUUCGUAAAGUGGCUUCACGAAUGAAGGAGCGCUUCUGAUUGACUAUACCUGACUCUCCUUUGUUUUUAUUCCGUCUUGUUCUGUCCUAUGACAUGGUUUUGGCGUUGUGGGAAAGGUGAUAUCUGAUUCAAUAAAAUUCAAUGAGACGAUGACACAACAUUCACUUGAAAAUAGC